GGCAGCUGGCAGCAUGGGUCCGUUUGAGGGUGUCAACAAGAGGAAUAAUUAUUGUUUCGGUUACAAUCAGUUUUAAGGACUGUUGCACCAGCCUCUAAUUUCCUGCUGUCUGAACUGAACAGAGCAGCAGAGAAUAGAGAAGGAAUAAUAACCGCGCUUUCGCCGGCCGGCAACAAGAGCGUCCUGUGCGUUUGCAGAUCUGAUGGCUAUUCCGCAGGCGGAGGCGACGAAGAGGCGCAUUCGCAGCGUAACAUGGUGCGUGUUGUGCCACUCUGUUGCGCUCGCAUGUCUUCACGCCGCGCUCGUGUUAGACCCGUUGCAUCCCUUCCGCUGGCUGUCAGCCUCCGUGUCGCGCGUGCUGUCAUUCAGAUUCGUCGCCACCCUGAUCGAGGUUAUCGUGCUCACAGCCGCGCAGGUGAUGCUACUCUCACAGAACCUCCACCGGACGACGUCUCUGCUACGCCCGUCCAGCUUCAACCAGCUCAUCAGAGAGAAGAAGCAACAGCAGAAUUCGGUCCUGUCGCUGGUCAAGACUGCGUGUAGCGUGUUCACUGAGGUCCCCGUGCAAGCCCUGACCGGCGGCAAUCAGUACCUGCUGCUGUGUAACCUUGUGGUCGCCCUUCUGGUUGGAUUUCUGUUCCUCGACACCAGCAGCGCACUUUUCUUGAUCACGGCCAGCACGUUCAUCACCCUGCGCACCAGAUACGGCCUCCGCCCAAUGGACGUGCCACCUGUGGUGAACCUUCCCCUGAUCACUCAGGUUCGGGCUACCUUCAGAGACGGCGUGCGUGGCCUUUUCUUACCCUGCCUCAAGAGCUUCGUCGCGAUCAACUUGCUGGUCUUCACCUUUCAAGUGCUGUGCUACUCUUGGCUUGAAAUUCCCCUGAGCUAUCCAAGCCUGUCCACCCUGACGUCCUCCUUCUGCGUCUACUUCUUCCUGACCCUGAUGCUCACCCUGAACAACCGAAUCACGCAUGCAGUCUUCCUCGCCAACUGGCACUUCCCUGUGGAGGCGACCGAGCCGGAUGAGCUCAGCCUCUUGGCGGCCCUGGAUUCCUCCAAGGAGCUGCAACUGGCCGCCGCCAGGGAUCUACUUUUCAUUUCGGAACUGGAUCCAGCACGCAGAGCAGAGUUUUGGGUGCUCAGUCAGCCAGGAGGCCAUCCGACUAGAUUCAACAAGCUCAUGCAAAUCUUCUCAGGCGCCGUCGGCAGUUUUGAGCGAGAGUUCAACCUGCAGAAGGCUAAACCAAAGCCGGUGAAGAGCCCCCCGCCAAACGUUAACAGUUUUGGCACCCCUCCACACUCGAGCACCCCUACCGUGCUGAACACACCCGUACAGCCCCAGGCACUGUCCAAAUUAAAGGGCCUGCUGUACCAAACGCCGCAAACGCCAACCAUCCGACCCAUGGAGUCUAUUCAGUCGCCCCUCAGGCUGGUGCCGAGCCGUAGCCCUGAGCCUCCUGCUCCUGCUGUCUCAAUUUUCGAAAAGGUGCUCACGACCCUGGGCAAGAGGGUUGAGUCGGACGCAUCAAAGAGCUCUGAGGAAGCCACCAGUGUGGCCAAGAUGGUGGCUGUGGUGAUGUCAGAAGCCCCUUUUCUGGCGCACCUGGCCUCUGCCCUGUCAAACCUAGCCCUGGCGUCCCUCACUGAAGACACCUACGGCAUCGUGCAGCUAAAACUUAAAGAAGUCGGAUCUGGACUGAUCACCCUGCUUCACACAGUGGACCGGAGAAGUGCCUUGGGUACUAAAAUGUCUGCCAGCGACCUGGUCGACGUCAACAGAGCCGUCGACCUGGUGCAAGAUGCAGCCUCAAGGGCCCUCGCAAGAAUUUCCAGGGCCUUCGGUGACGCCCUGCUUGAUCUCAAGUGGAAUGAUAAAGAAAGGGACACAUUGGUCCUCUACAUUUGAGUCAGUGUAUUUCCUUAACUAAAAUCUGUUUGUGUGAAAAUAAUUUUUUAAUUAACUACAAAUACAAGGAACAAUGAUGCGCAUCUCAGAGUGAAUUAACACUUGGCGAAUUUGAAGAAUAUGGCAAACGUCAGUUCAAUUCCCUAGCUUCAAGAUCCGUUUCUGUUUGGGCAUUUGACUUUCGUGUGACCUGUAAACAAUGAAACAAAUAUUUUUUGCAGAGAAAACUGAUAAUAAACUAGAAAAACAAAA